UAUUCGAAAUAUAAGUAGAUCAGUAAUCAUUCUCCUGUCAGUGCUUACAAAAUGAUUCUACCAGUGGUUCUAUUUUUUACUUUAUGUGCUUACUUGAUAUAUUUCUACAGAAAAAGUCAUAAUUACUGGAAGAAUCGGGGUUUGGAAUAUGUGAAACCCACAAUCCCAUUUGGAAACUUUUCAAACUUCUACAGCAAGAAAGAAGGUUUUGGGGAGACGUUCGCCAAAAUAUACGGUGAGAUCAAAAGUAGGGGUGUGCGACACGGCGGCGGGUACUAUUUUUGGAAUCCAUUGUACAUUCCUACAGACCCGGUUAUAAUCAAAGAUAUUUUUAUAUCGAGCUUCGAGCAUUUUAAGAACCACGGUUUCUACAUGGUCAAAGAGGACCCCAUGACGCAACACCUUUUCAACUUGGAGGACGACAAAUGGAGGGAUGUAAGAGCCAAAUUAUCGCAUUGCUUCACAAGUGGAAAAAUGAGGAAUAUGUUCAAUGUAAUGGUAGAACACACUGAUGUCUUAAAACGUGUACUUAAAGAAGAAUUAAGUGAUAAAAGUGAUGUUAAAAUCAAGAAAAUAUUGGUUCGAUAUACCACCGAUGUUGUUUCGAAAUGCCUGAUGGGGGUUAAUACAGAUACCCUUAUAAAUGAUAAAGCAGAGAUUUUGUGGCAUGGUAGCGAAUUCUUUUCAAAAACAUGGGGUUAUAUAAAUAACACCAUAGUUUUACUGAUACCUCGAGCAAUUCUUCAAAAAUUGAACUUCAGGAUAACCCCAAAAGAAACCGAGGUGUUUUUUAAAGACUUAUUCAAAAACAUCAAGAGUUACAGAGAAAAAAACAAUGAUACAAGAAACGAUUUGUUUGAUUCUGUACUAAAACUAUCAGACCCUAAUUAUACCUCAAAUUUAAACGAUUUCAAUGGUAAAAAAGGCAUGGAACCACUAAAUUUUGAUAUAACUGUGGCUCAAUGUUACGGCUUCUUCGUGGCUGGUUUUGAAACAUCAUCCACCACUAUAACCUUUGCUUUAUAUGAGUUAGCAAAAAAUAUGGACAAACAAGACCUAUUAAGGCAAGACAUAAAUGAUACGCUGAAAAAAUAUAACAACGAACUAACAUACGAUAGUGUACAAAAUAUGGAAUAUUUGGAAAUGGUUUUAAAAGAAACGUUGAGAUUGUACCCUGCGUUCCCCUUCAUACCCAGGGGUUGUAAUAAGGACUACAAAGUCCCAGGUACAGAUUUUGUAGUGAAAAAAGGUACAGGUGUGAUAUUAUCCGGCAUGGGAAUACAGAGGGACCCUGAGUAUUGGCCCAACCCAGAAAAAUUUGAACCACAAAGAUUUAGUAUACAAAAUAGAGAUAAAAUCGUACCAUACACAUACUUUCCAUUUGGAGAAGGGCCUAGAUUAUGCAUAGCACAUCGCUUUGGACAACUUCAAACAAAAGUGGGAAUAUUAACUCUCAUAAAAGAUUAUAAAAUAACAAUUAACGAAGCAAUGAAACCUCUAAAGUUCGGUUCUUAUGGUAUAGUCUUAGCCCCCAGAGAUGAUAUUUGGUUGAAUUUUGAACGAAUAAAUUAAAUAAUUAUUAAAAUUUCAGUGAUAACAAAAAUGUGAUAAAUGUUUGUUUAUUUAUUAAACAAAGUUUAAAUUUUACGCAGUCAAAGCAAAAGCCAUUAAAAUUUAAAAUUUAGGCUUUGCGUUUAUAUUUGCGUGUUUUCGAUAUUUAUUGUACAUUUGUUUUAACUAAAACAUGAUUGAAAUAUAUUUGUAAUUGGAGUUAAGAGUAAUAAACUAUUUCGUGGAA